AUGUGUUCCAAUCUUCAUCUUCUCCCCAGCCUUCUCCCAUCGUCGUCACCAAUAAAGGCAAGGUCGGACAACCAACAUCUUUCAACAUCGACUAUAUACCAAAUGGAGAGCAUUAGUCGGACAAUGACGAGGUCUGAUGAUAUAUCAGAUGUAAGCGGUCGGUAUUCUGUCAGUACCGAGAUCCCAAACUCCUUGCUUCCGGGGGAACAGAGCAAAUCCAAACUCAGUUCCACUAUGGAUGAAACACAGUUCCGUACCGCAAUUCUGGAUACCAACGUCCUCAGUUCCGUGAACUUUAUGAAGUGGAAAUGGGACCUUAUCCUAAACAUUAUUGAAGGGCCACUAACAAACCCAAAACGUUUGGAUGAAGCCAUCAAAGGCUCCAAGUUCAUAAAGCGACUGGUUGGUUUCUAUAGGCCCUUUAAGUAUCGGUUUUCAAUGGUUCGCAACACGAAGCCUAAUCGACGGUACAUCCGAACCGGCUGUGCCUUGAUGCGUUGUCUUGUGCAAAGCCCGGAGGGAUCAAAAUACCUAGCACAGAAUAAGCUUCUGCGCCAGAUAGCAGAGUGCUUGGCCCAAGUUGACCGUAUGAGCGGGCUGACUUCUUUGUCGCCAUUGUUUUCCCGAGAACAGAUGGCUGAUACUCUAAGUGGUGGAUACUUUGCGCUAUUGGGAACUCUGAGCAGUGAACCCAGCGGCAUACAGAUGAUGGAAAGAUGGCAUAUGCUCAACAUGUUUUAUCACAUAGUUGAAUUAGCGGAUCGGAAUGACCUCAUCCAAACCCUUCUUGGAAACAUGGACUUCACACAUGAAAGCCAUUUAAGAGUAAUACUUUCAAAGGCCCUCACCACAGGAUCAAAGGAUAUCCGUAUUUUCUCCACAAAGCUGCUACGAAAAUACGUCAUUGGCAAAGUGCUGCAAGGAUCGCCUGUUGAAUGGGUAAUUGAACUUCUGGUGACCCAGCUAUAUGACCCGGAUGUCACUGUCUGCCAGGUUGCCGUCAAGAUACUGGAAGAAGCAUGCAACCAGAGAGAUUAUCUAGAGUAUGUCGUCAAAUGCCGCCCGUCUUUAGAUCAUUUAGGCGAAAUCGGCGCCCCAUUGCUACUCCGUUUCCUAUCUACAUCGGUCGGGUACCACUACCUUGACGGCCUCGACUACAUCACCCAGGAGAUGGAUGACUGGUUUCUAGGAAGAAACGAUGCAUACGUUGGGCUAGUAGAAGCCUCACUGUCACGCGCGUACAUUGACCAACCACGUCGAAACAGCUUAGCGCUAAACGAUAUAGUUGAGAUGCAAGAUAUUGGCCUUGUGCCACCGCAUUUUUACCGAGAACUUGCACGUACAACAGAAGGAUGCAAGCUACUGGAGCAGUCUGGCCAUUUCUAUGAAUUUGCUUCAACAGUACGAGACUUUCAACUGGACGAAGAAGAUGCAGAGGUCUUACUAAAGGUUAAGGGGGCGCUAUGGGCUAUCGGGAAUGUAGGCUCGAUGGAGCUCAGUGCACCGUUUUUAGAAGAGACGGAUAUUGUGGAAAGGAUAGUGGAAAUAGCGGAAACUGCAGCCGUCAUGACCAUGCGUGGCACCGCGUUCUUUGUUUUGGGACUAGUAUCCAGGAGUCAGCACGGCCUUGAAAUGUUAAUUGAGGCAGGGUGGGAUGCGGCCGUUGACCAAAGAGGGCGUUCAUUAGGAUCAUGCAUGCCAUUGAACCUAAGCAAGCUAUAUUCGGUUAAAUUCGAGCCAUACCAUGUUUGUACCGAGGAAGACAAGGCAGCGAGAAACAGAUACAAAGUUGCUUCCAAGGACUCUGAUCCGCUCAAGCAAAAGAUACUCGGCCUUAUCAUUGAUAUGGGGAAUACUGUUCUUGCUAAAAAAGCGGCGGCAGAUCUACAAGUGUAUGUUUACCCAUCCAUGCAGCUUGCUCUGGCAGGGUACUAA